AUGAGAGAAUAGAAUGAGAAGAUAGUCAAUCUCAUAAAUGACUUGAAUAAAGUCUCCUAAGAAUUCUUAGAUAAGAGUGAUGCCUAUGUCCAAGAUGUUCUGGAAUAUUAUGGAUUGAUACAUAGAUUCUUGAAUAUGAAGGAAAACAAAGACAGAGAAAAGGAAGACAACACUAUGAGAAGGUUAAACUCAUACAAAUAAUUAGAAGGGUGUCCGUGGAGUAUUUCUUUUGA